AUGGAGAAGAACCGUAACCCUAAUUCCUGGUCAGAGCUUCCUCUAGAUCUCUUGAACCUAGCUUUCCAACGCCUCAGCUUUGCUAAUUUCCAACGAGCUAAAUCCGCGUGUUCGUCGUGGUACUCUGCUUCGAGACAAACCGUGCCCAAAAAUCAGAUCCCUUGGCUGAUGCUCUUCCCUAAAGACAAAAACAAAGACAGUUCUUCAUGCAAGCUUUUCAAUCCCGAGGAAAAAGACAAACUUUACAAAACGCAAGAUCUUGGUGUUGAAUUCGCAAAGAGUGUUUGUAAGGCAACUUAUGGAAGUUGGCUUCUUAUGCAAGAUACAAAGUGUAAUCUAUACAUGUUGAAUCCAUUCACCCGCGAGACGAUCAAUCUUCCUCCUGUGGAAUCACAACUUGGCAUAGAAAUUGAACGAACCACAGUUAAUUGGUUUCGCUUUUAUCACAGUACCGUGUCCGUAGAUUUGAGUGUAAGUUCCCCUGUGUUUUGGAUUGACGAGGAUUCAAAAGAUUAUAUAGUUCUGUGGAAACUUCAAGACUGGUGUGUGGUUUUUGCCAAGAAAGGAGAUAACUCGUGGAAUCCGAUUCCCGAAACUUCAAAUCUUUGUGACAUUGUUUACAAGGAUCACAAGCUUUACUUCCUAAGCAACAAUGGUACUUUCAAAAUCUUAGAUUUUUCUGGAGUGAUGGAGAAUAAAACUUUCAAGAUAGUAGUAGUAUGCUCCUGUACAGGUGGAUCUUAUUCAAGUUCUGGUCCUCCUCGACUAAGUAAUUCAUGGUGGUGCCUUACUGAGUCAAAACUUGUAGUCACAAUAACAGGAAAAGUCCUCAAGGUUGAAAAACUGUGGAGUCCUAGCUCUGGAACCUGGUCCUUCCGGGUUAUCAAGAUUUCUCCAUCAGGAUAUGAAAUUGUUGAUUCUUUGGGUGACGAGGCAAUGCUUUUGGAUCUAGGCAUCACUGUACCGGCCAAUGACAUUGAAGGAAUCAAUAAAAAUUCAAUCUAUUUCAGUGGUGGUGGUCAUAUUGAAAAGAACACAAUAUUUCUCUUCAAUCUCGAGACACAGAAGAUGGAGCGGUUGCACAAAUUUGCUUGUUCGUCGUCCCUUCAACUCUCUAGAGCUCGAUGGUUCUUACCUAGUUUCACUCACAAGUGA